AUGACAGACGCCGGACAAAGACACAGCGGGCAGUUGUGGAGGAUUGCUUUAUGUGUCUCGCUGCUGCUGUGUUUCGGAGAGCGGGUUUCUGCACAAAUAAGGUAUUCCGUUCAAGAGGAGGCAAAGGAGGGAACUAUUGUUGGAAACAUUGCUAAGGAUUUAGGUCUAGAUGUGAGUACUCUAGUCGAGCGACGAUUUCGAGUCGUUUCUGGAUCUAAGGACGCUCUUUUCCAGGUUAAUCAGAACAAUGGCGUGCUGUAUGUUGAAAAGAAAAUCGACAGGGAGAUGUUAUGUGAUGGCAAUGACGCAUGCAUAGUGAAUUUGAAAAUAGCUGUGGAAAACCCUUUAGAGAUACAUUACGUUGGCAUAGAAAUAACUGAUAUAAACGACCAUCCUCCCACUUUCACUGAUAAAGAGAAACGGAUUGAAAUUGCAGAAGCAACACUUCCUGGUGCUCGCUUCCAACUCCAAUCAGCGCAUGAUCCUGAUUUAGGAGCAAAUGGUGUUCGCCUGUAUAAAUUAAGUCAAAACGAGCAUUUUGAUUUAGAAAUAAGAGAUAGAGGGGAGGACAAACUCCCUUUCUUAGUACUCCAGAAACCACUCGAUAGGGAGCGCAAAGCUCAGCAUCAUUUAAUUCUGACCGCCACCGACGGAGGCAGUCCACCCAGAUCAGGAAAACUGAACAUUACAGUUUUUGUUCUUGACAGCAAUGACAACAGACCUGUUUUUAGCAAGGAUGUAUACUCUGCAACAUUAGAUGAAAACGUAAAGGUGGGGACAACUGCAGUGCGGGUACAUGCUUCUGAUUUAGAUGAAGGCCCAAAUGGGGAUGUGAUGUACACGUUUGGGAGUGAUGUUAACUCUAGAAUCUUAGACAUAUUUAGUCUCGAUAGCAAAACUGGGGAUAUUGUGGUUAAAGGGGAGAUAGAUUUUGAGAAAGCUGCAGUUUACAAGUUGGAUGUGCAGGCAUCCGAUAGUGGACAGCCGCCUAUGUCCACUGACUGCAGGGUCAUUAUAAAGAUUCAGGAUGCUAACGACAACACGCCAGAAAUUGAGCUCACAUCUUUGUCCAACGUGGUUUCUGAGGACAGCAAACCUGGCACAGUCAUAUCCCUCAUUAGUGUGACCGAUGCAGAUUCCGGUCUAAACGGCAAAGUGCAGUGUACAAUAUCAGAGAAUGUACCGUUCGAGUUGAAACCCUCAAUCCAAGAUAACAUGUAUUCACUUGUGACAAAGGCACGUUUAGAUCGGGAAAGCCAAUCCCAUUACGACAUCACAAUAACAGCAACUGACUUUGGCCAGCCACCUCUGUCUGCAAUUAAAACCUUAAGCUUUGGCAUAUCAGAUGUAAAUGAUAACAGUCCAACAUUUCCUCAAAAUCCCUUUGAGUUGUAUUUAGUCGAAAAUAAUGCAGCAGGUGCAUCUAUAUUUUCAGUAAGCGCAUUUGAUAAAGAUCUAAAUGAAAAUGCAGAAAUUAAGUAUCACAUUCUAAGAGGAGAUGGAGCACAGACCGACAUGGCUUCUUUUCUCAAUAUCAACCCUGAUAACGGCCACAUACAUGCACUCAAAAGUUUCGACUAUGAAACAAUGAAAAAGUUUAAAUUUCAAGUGCUGGCCACAGACUCUGGCACGCCGCCCCUCACCUGCAACGCCACAGUAAACGUGUUUAUUCUGGAUCAGAACGACAAUCCUCCCGUUAUCUUGUCCCCAGUCAGUGCUAACGGAUCAGCUGAAGGUGUGGAGGAGAUUCCGCGUAAUGUGAACGCAGGACAUUUAGUUACCAAAGUCAGGGCAUAUGACGCGGAUACUGGAUACAACGGCUGGUUAUUAUUUUCUCUCCAUGAAGUUACGGAUCAUACUUUAUUCGGUUUGGAUCGUUAUACGGGACAGAUAAGGACUCUUCGUGUAUUCACAGAAACAGAUGAGGCCGAGCACAAAUUAGUUAUCAUUGUAAAAGACAACGGAAACGUUUCUCUUUCUGCUACUGCCACAGUCGUCAUUAAAGUCGUGGAGCCUAAAGAAGCCUUUGCAGCGUCUGAUUUGACAAGUGUUGUUACAGACGAAGAAGACAACGUUACAUUUUACUUGACCAUCACUCUAGGAUCUGUUUCAGUGCUUUUCAUAAUCAGCAUAGUCAUACUGAUAGCGAUGCAGUGUUCCAAAACUACAGACUAUUCCUCCAAAUAUUUACAAGACACGAACUAUGAUGGAACUCUGUGCCACAGCAUCCAGUACAGAUCUGGUGAUAAAAGAUACAUGCUGGUUGGGCCCAGAAUGAGUAUCGGUUCUACUAUAGUUCCUGGCAGCAAUGGAAAUACUCUGGUUGUACCUGAUCGCAGGAGUAGAGCAUCUGGAGAGGACUUUGCCAGGUUUCUGAACCCAGAAUGUCCACAUUGUAGGGGAAAAACCUUCUAA